AAGAAGUUUUACUAAACAGAAACAACAUGGCGGAUCAGAUCAUUCGAGAGCUUUGUAGCUCGCAAAAACUAGAGCGAGAUAGAGGGUUUCACAGUUUUGUCAAACAUAUUGAUUCUCUGGAAAGCGAGGAUGUGAACAGCCUUGAACAAGAUGUGUCGAAACUUUUUAUAGAGGAUUCUUCGUGGGAGAAGAAACAUGGGGGUUUGAUGGCAGCCAAGGCUCUGUUGACAUGUGGAAAGAGUUCCGAUGACUUCGCCGUUGACAUGCGGUCUCAAGCUCUGAAGUACUUGGACAAUAACGAAUUUAGAGUUCGGAUUGCUGCAGGAGAAACAUUGGGUGCAUUAUGUAAAAUAGUGGGACCUGCGGUGUAUGAGAAUUCCAAGUCUGCAAUUUUAGAAGGAAUUCGCAGCAACCUGGAGCGUGAGAGAUUGUCAGUCUCUAGCCAGCAGGAGCAGGAGGAGACUGAGAAGCUGAUGGAAAAACUCAGUAGUUCUCCAGCAAGGAAAAGUUCUGUGGAUGCAGAGCAGAUAUUUCAUGAUACAGCAGGAUGGAAAUCUCUGGAGACCUGGAUGAAGUGCUUGCAAAGUAUAGUGGACAAUUGUGGACACCUUUUUAAUGACUGUGUCGACCAAGAGUUACUGAACUUGAUUUUCCAAGCACUUGACCACACAAAUCGCUUUGUCCGAGAGACAGGAUAUUAUGUGUGUGCAUCACUUGUGUCAAUAGGAGUCAAGGGCAAAGAGACUCUGAGUUUGGAGGAAGAAAAUGCUGUGUAUCGCCAUGGUGACCAGUUUGCCAAGUAUAUGGCUAAAGGACUAGCAGACAACUGGAGUCAGGUUCGGUUAGCAUCUAGUGUGGCAACCAGGAAAUUCCUUCAAAGUUUACCAACUGAAGAGGCCAAGGCCAAGUUUUACCCUACAUUAAUACCGAGGAUGUGUCUUAACAGGUAUUAUGUAGCAGAAGGGGUUAGGAUAUACUCUCAGGACACCUGGCGUAUGGUGACAGAUGGCGAUGGCAAACACCUGGUGGAAAAGUAUAUUGAUUAUGUGGUGUCAUAUUACAUUGAAGCAACAGGGGCAGAUAACCAUGCUGUGAGGGAGGCAGCUUGUGCAUGCAUAGCAGAACUAGGAUCAAAGAUAGACAGGAAGUUUGUAAGACCAUUCGUGCCACAACUUCUGGAGGCACUUCUGAUAUGUUUUAAUGAUGACAGUUGGCCUGUUCGGGAUGCUGCUUGUGUGGCAUGUGGAAACUUUGUUUUGUGUUUCCCAGAAGAAUCAAGGAGCUCCAUGCCUGCAUUGUACCCUUUGUUCUAUAGUAACCUACAGGAUAAUAUCCCUUCAGUUCGACAAGGAGCAGCACUGGCAAUUGCCAAUGUUGCACAAGUCUAUGGUCAGGAAAGCCACGAAGAGAUUUUGAAAAAAGUAAAAGAAGGGAUAGAAGGGAUAAAGAACCAGCCUGAGACCACAGAAAAGUAUAGUGACCUAGAUAAAGGACCGGCUACAUACAGUGUGGUCAAAAAGUUACGGGACAAUGACAUGGACCUACACACAGACAAACAGAUGUACUCCUGUGGGUCUCUUGCUCCAAAGAUGCUGAGGGGCUCCAGAGGUGGAGGAUGUAUGGACCACCAGUUUAGGAAACCUUCAGAGCCAUGGGAGCUUGCUGAUGGGUGUAUUCAUUUGAUAGCAGAGCUUUCCCACAAUCCCGAGCUGAUACCCACCGUGUCCGACCUUCUACCAUCACUAGCCAAAUCUGCAUCUCUCCAUCAUUACAAUCACCAUGUCAACUACCUAGAGACACUCUGUAAACAGUUGCCAAACAUCGCAAAGAAUCUGGGUAAAAGAUACUUUAAACCACAUCUGGAGGAAUUCUUUGACAGCAUAUUUUACAGCAUAACAUGUGAUAAUGCCCUGACAGCCAGUGCAGCUAGCCAGUGUCUGAAUCGGCUGAGUGGAUUCCUGGGACCCAGCAUCUUGCGGGGUAGAGUGGAGCAGUACAACCCUCGAUAUAUGGAAAUGUUGAAUGCCAACCAGUUCAUCGCACCUCUGUGAAGACUGACCACACAUGUCUGCUAGUCAUCGUCCUGGACAGAGAAACAUUCCUGCAGCAGAUAGUUGUACAAUGCACCACGUUAUGAAAGCCAAAGAAAAGAGUGCACUGCAGAAAAUUGUCUCCUUUGUGCCAUAGUUGAUAUUCAUUAGCAAUGUGAUACGAUCGCUUAGACUAAGUGCUUGGUCUGUCAUAAUUAUGUCACUGUGGUUUUAUUUUCUGAAUUUUGUCUGUUGUAAUGUGGUUUCAUUCUCCUAUCUAGUCUGUUACAUGUCUACAAUAGUCUAGAGUUCAGCUGACUAUGAUAUCUAAGACAAUAGUCUAGAGUUCAGCUAACUAUGAUAUCUAAGACAUUUCUUCAUUAUUAUGUCAAACUUACUCGUAACUAUUGAAAACAAUUUAGAUAAAGCUUAUCCAUUUUAUUAACACAGUAUUAAUUAAUAUGCAUGAGAAGUGUUCCAUCAAAGUUUGUUUUAUUUAUUAAAAGUCUUUCAAGUCCCUCAUCUGUCUUUUUAAGAA